AUGGACGUUGCUACUGUUCGCUCCCUUUGUGCUUCUUGGCUGACCCUGUCAGAUGCCAUGGCUCUUCGCUGUGUGUCUCGUGGAUGGCGGGAGACCUUGGAUGAGAAAGAUGAUCCGCUGUGGGACAAUUUGAUUGAUGUCACCCAUGGAGCUGAAACUGCUGCUGUUCUGCGAAGAAGUUUUGCCCCAACAAGAGGAUGGCAGCUGGCACAGCUCAUUCAUCAUGAGGAUGAAGAUGACCGUCCUAUUAUGAGUUCAUUGAAUCCAGAAGAUGUAGUUCUCAUGAUCGAAUUCUCAUGGCGGAAUCACCACCAGGACUGCACAAGAGGGAAGCGCCGCAAAAUCAAUUUGGCUUCAUUUGUAUUGGAAGAUGCAUGCGACAGUGUGACCGAAACGAAAUACAGGUAUAAUGGGGAUGGAUCCAUUGUAUCCAUUUCUAUUCCAAAUCCGCACCACAAAGGAUGGAAUGAAGAUUAUCUGUCUGAAGGGGUCCUCAGUGGAUUUGAGAGAAAUCU